AUGACCUUCGUGGAGCUGCUGGCCCGCCUGGGCGGGAUGGGCCGCUUCCAGGUGACCUACGUGGCCGCCUUGGCUGUUCCGCUGCUCAUGCUGGCCAGCCACAACCUGCUGCAGAACUUCACCGCCGGUGUCCCCGAGCACCACUGCCGGCCUCGGCCCGUGGCCAAUGAGAGCACCGGGGACGUCCCACUCCUCGUCUCCAUCCCCUCCGACAGCCACCACCGUCCCCAGCGUUGCCGCCGCUACGUGGAACCCCAAUGGCACCUCUUGGAGGUCAACGGCACGGUCAACGGCACGGCCAACGGGGCGGCCACCGAGCCUUGCCGUGACGGCUGGACCUACCGCGACGGCGUCUUCGCUCACACCAUUGUCACCGAGUGGGACCUGGUGUGCGAGUCCAAGAGGUUGAGGCAGGUGGCCCAAUCCAUCUACAUGGCCGGGAUCCUCCUGGGCUCCGGACUCUUCGGAGUCCUCUCUGACAAGUUCGGGCGCCGGGCGCUGCUGACCUGGUGCUACCUGCAGCUGGGGGCGACGGGGGCCGGCACCGCGGCUGCCCCCACCUUCGUUGUCUACUGUCUCUGCCGCUUCCUGGCGGGCCUGGCCAUGGCUGGGGUCUCCCUCAACUCCGCCUCCCUCUGCAUGGAGUGGAUCCCGACGGAAGCCCGUGCUGUGGUGGGCACCAUCAACGGCUACUGCUACACCUUGGGGCAGUUUGUGCUGGCGGCCGUGGCCUUCGGCGUCCCUCACUGGCGCUGGCUCCAGCUUGUCGUCUCCCUCCCCUUCUUCUUCUUCUUCCUCUACUCCUGGCUGUUCGUGGAGUCAGCCCGGUGGCAGGUGAUUUCGGGGAGACCCGACCUGGCCCUGAAGGGGCUCCGCAAAGUUGCCCGCAUCAACAGGAGGAAGGAGGAGGGGGACAAACUCAGCGAGGAGCCGCCGCUGCCGGGGGGGACACUGGCUGCCCUGGGGCGCACCCCCGGGAUGAGGACGGUCUCCUGCGGCGUCUCCUUCGUCUGGUUCUCCACCAGUUUCGCCUACUAUGGGCUGGCCAUGGAUCUGCAGGGCUUCGGGGUGGACAUCUACCUGAGCCAGCUGGUCUUCGGGGCUGUGGACAUCCCGGCCAAGCUGGCCUCAGUGUUGGCCAUCAGCUGCGUGGGGCGGCGGGUGGCCCAGGGCGGCUCCUUGGCGCUCGCCGGCAUCUGCAUCCUCGCCAACAUCUUUGUGCCGAUGGAGCUGCAGACGCUGCGCAUGGCCUUUGCGGUGAUUGGGAAGGGUUCGUUGGCCGCCUCCUUCAACUGCGCCUACAUCUUCACUGGGGAGCUCUUCCCCACCGUCAUCAGGUGGGUCACGUGCUUCCUGCCCGAGACCCGCAACAUGCCCCUGCCCGAGACCGUCAAGGACGUCGAGAGACGAGCAGGUCACCUCAAGGACGAGGAGGUCACCGUCCCCCUGAGCACCACCAAGACCAAGGACGGCGUCUGA